GAUCCGUUUGGAAAUCGAAACGGAAAAUACAAAUUUAAAAAUCAAGCGUACAUGCAUUGUGUUUAUAAAUUGUAACGAAGUUGACCAAAGUCUUGACUUAUAUACAAUUAUAAUGAGGUCUUGUGUUUGUGAAUCACAAGUUUGUGUGGGAUGUUAGUUUAUAUUACAUUUCUUGGGGUUAUAACGUUUGGUUAUAUACAUGGAGAAUACGAGUGUCAGUACUUAGACGCACUCGGAAAACGUAGAAUACGACUUUGUGACUCUGGUUGCUGUGGAAAUAUUCAUCACGCCUACUGUUGCCAUCAUAAAUAUCUGGCUGAGAUUAUCUUUGGUAGCAUUGUAGGAUUGUUCCUGCUAAUCGUUGUUAUUGUUGUGACCAUACAUUGUUGUUAUAGAAGAAGAAGACAAUGCAAAGUGGAGCAUCUCCAUGUAACCCGAAACUAUGGUACAAUAAAUGCUGUUAAACCUAACGACACAGAAAACUCCAACAACAGUACAGAACAGCCACCAAAAGACGAGAGCGUCAUUGUGUCAGAGGUAGAAAUCACUGUGACACCGGCUACACCACAAGAGGCCAAACGGAAUCCCGUUAGCGCAAAAUCUGAAAUUCCAAGUAAAGCCGAAGAAUCAUCCGUCAACAAAGAAUCAGAAAAAGAAAACGCAGCUACUACAGAAAGAGAGCCUAUUCCAUAAAGAAUAACCAAACUUUAUUUGUGAUAAGAUUGUAUAGAUAAGACUGGAUAUACUGACAAUCAAAACAAAGCAUUCCAGAAAACACUAAUCUGAACCGAAGAUAUAAUGGGAAACAUAAGUAAUCCAGCAGGUCGUGUUGAUGAUGAUGUUCAACCUUACAGACCGAACAACCCUGCCGGUCGCGUUGAAGACGAUGUUCAACCCUAUAAUCCCUAUAAUCCUGCUUAUCCAGAUAACCAACCGUAUUAUCCAGACAACCGGCCGUACCCUGAUAAUCGGCCGUAUGAUCCCGACGUUCAGCCAUACGUUCCGGACGUUGAGCCGUAUUCCCCUGACGAUCAACCAUACUACCCCGACAAUCAACCGUAUAGACCCGACAACCAGCCGUACGUCCCCGACACCGAACCGUAUCAACCAGACGUUCAGCCGUACACGCCUGAUGUACAGCCGUACACGCCGGACGUACAGCCGUACCCCGACUAUAAACCAGCAGGCAUGGUUGAUGACGACACACAACCCUAUACGCCAGACGAUCAGCCUUAUCCUGACGACCAACCAUACGAUGGUGGUUCAGAUACUCAGCCAUAUUAACGUUUUAUUUACUGUAAACCGUAGUUGUUGCGGCCACAUUGUUAUUUAAGGAUACUACAUUCGCAAAAAGCAAUUAUAUCAACACGCAUUUGUAAAAUAUUUAUUUUAGGAACUGGAUACCAAAUAUAUUCAAACAGAUUUAUAAACACGUACAUUGUAUAUCGCAUCUGAAAAAUAUGACUGCCUGAGUGUUUAUUAUUUCCUCUUGUUGUUGUCUUGAAGAAGAUGUUAAAGUAUAUAUGUAUAACGUU